AGAAUGAUCGAGGUGGUCUGCAACGAUCGUCUUGGAAAGAAGAUCAGAGUCAAGUGCAACCCCGACGACACAAUUGGAGACCUCAAGAAGCUCAUCGCUGCUCAGACAGGCACCCGCGCAGAGAAGAUCAGGCUGCAGAAAUGGUACAACAUCUUCAAAGAUCACAUCACUCUGGAAGAUUACGAGAUUAAGGAUGGGAUGGGCCUUGAGCUGUACUACAACUGAGAGACGAGAAACUGCCUUUCUUUCCCUCUCUCUCUCCCUCUUUCUUGCAAACUUAUAUGAAUCUUGAUACUUCUUCGAGACAGCUGGUUGCUGUGCAGCUGGAGAUUGCACAGGUUUCCUUUCGAGAAACGAUUCUGUGAUCUCUCGCUGCCAUGCGGUCAGCAAUGGCCGCGGCUACCAUAGCUGUAGUCACCAUAGUGCAGAUGGUAAUCUGGAAUGCAAUCUCUAAGCAUAAAGCUGAAAGCAACGAACCCUCCCAAGACUCGAGUGAAUCUGAAUCCUCUUCCAACUUCAAAAGUCUGCCAAGAUCGACAAGAUCUGUCUUUCAUCGAAGUGAUGACGAUCAUCUUCAUUUCAUCCUGUCAAACAAAACUUCAUAUGCUCUCCAUAGCUUCCAUCAACUCAACGCGUCAAUGGAAACUGCUGAAAGAUCCUCUCUUCAAAACGUGACUGAAGCAUUUCGAAGUUUGCAAGGAAAUUCGGAGAGCGCUGCUGUUCACAGCAAGAAUUCCAGCCAUGUCGACUC